AUGGCCAAAGAAGAUUUUGAUUUGUUCUGGACAACUCAUCUUUCCUCUGCGUCCCAUAGCUGCAAUCACCCUGAAGCCACAGUUCUCUAUUACCACACUGCCAAAGAGGAAACGUCCAACUUUCCCUGGACAAGAAAGGAAGGAACGUCAAGACUUCACGCGACUGCAGCAGUUGCUCGCGAUCUUCUGACCCAAGUUCGCGUGGCCACCCGAAGGAAUGCAUUCACGGCGACCUUGAUUCAGAAUUUCAGCCCUUGCUUUGAAUGUGCAGAAGAGAUCAUCAAAACCGUUGCCUUAGCAAAGGAAAAACGAAUUAAAUUUGAAAUAAGCAUAGCGUUCGUUGCACUGAACAGAAUUCGUCGGCCAUCUUGGAUAUGGAGGGGGAUGGAAGAUUGUUUUCAUGGUAUACCAGUUAACGAAUCUAAUGACAAUGUUAUUGGGCUGAGGCAGCUUCAGGAGUCAGGGGUCAAACUAGUGACCUUUAGCCCUAAUUUGUGGAGUUUUUUGUUCACCUUUCUUGGUAAUGGCUUGCCUUUGGAAAGUCGCGGGAAAUUUCUUGGAGGGAAGUAUUCUAAUGCCGAAUCCCGUCUGGAGGAGGAUAAGUUGACAGAGGCCGACCUGAGGCAAAUCCUCAAAGGUGUUGUGAUAACAUCGUCAAGUACUUCCUUGUCAAGCUCGACGCUGGAGAUCGAAUGGACUCGGCCAUCACUUUUUGGGCAGAAGGUUUCUGAUUACCAUAUUGUCUCUAAGAAGGUGGCUGUAAAAAACAAAGAAGAGGAUGCAAGGCUUUGGCAGAUUCACCACACAGUUGACAAGGUCGGGGUCAAGGUGACUGUGUCUGGAGAGUUAACCGCGUGUGUACUGGCUGACCUUGAACUCGACACCUUCUACGACGUCACCGUGGAGGCUGUGGUCAAGGGAAUGUCUGUGUCUGUGGGAAGGAAAAUCUUCAGAACUGCAAACAAAGUUCCCAUUGCCUCACUGAAAACACCGACGAUAACCAGAAAAGCCACCACCACCUCCUCCCGUCCCGUAACGUCUUUAGUUGCCACCAACAACGGCUCGCCUACCUCCGAUGCACCAAUACGCCUUAGACGCUCCAAUUCCAUCCAGACUACAACUGGGAGUCCCUCACCUAGGGUCAGCUGCAACACGGACAAUUCCGCCAAGAGGGCAACCCUUCUUAGACGAUCUAGCGUAGGAACUGCGUUUCCACAAGCUUCACCGGUAGAAGAACUCGACAAGCAGCAGAAACCCAGAGCUGAAGCUUCCAUGUUUUCCAGGUCUGCCUCUUUGCGCAGCUACUCUGACAAGUCAGCAACAAGCAACCAGGACAGUAAAAGAAAAGAAUCGAUUGAUGCUGCAAACAAGUCAACAACCAGCGGGAUUGGUAGGAAUAGUGUAAGCGGUGGGCGUAGAAUUAGCACUUAUAGUAUCGCAAGUACUAUGUUGUAA